UAUAAGGCAAAGUCCAAAAGUUGUUCUCACUCAACCAACUAAAUUUCAAGAUAAUAGAGUAAAUCCAGAUAUGGAGAUGUUGAAAGGCUUCCUCUUUUCAUGGAUUAUUGGUUUUUAUUUAGUAACAAUAGCUGUUGCACAAGAAGAUCAAUCAGGAUUCAUAAGCAUAGAUUGUGGAAUAUCAGCAGGUUCCAACUAUACAGAUAUAAUAACAGGACUAUCAUACACUUCAGAUGUAGGUUAUGUCAGCGGUGGAGUCAACAAAAGCAUAUCACCUAUAUACCAAACCAAUGCCUUAGAAAGGCAAUUUCUCACACUUACAAGCUUUCCAAUAGGGACUAAAAAUUGCUACACUUUAACCCCUGCACAAGGGAAAUUCGGAAAAUACUUGAUAAGGGCAAGUUUUCUCUAUGGAGAUUAUGAUGGAAAUGGUAAAUUGCCAGUUUUUGAUCUUCACAUUGGGGAAAAUUAUUGGGACACAGUUACAAUAUCUAAUGCUUCUAUACCAAUUAGGAAGGAUAUUAUACACACACCUCCCAAUGAUUCCAUAGCUGUUUGCCUUGUCAAAACAGAUACUACAAGUACUCCAUUUAUUUCAGCCUUAGAGUUAAGGCCUUUGAAUGUUACCGCAUACCGAACAGUACUAAAUACUAGUUCAUUGGAACUUUAUGCACGUCUCAACCUUGGUUCCUUAACCAAUCAAUCCUAUAGGUACAUCGAUGAUGUGUACGAUAGAAUUUGGAUGCCAUUUCAAUGGGACAAUAAGGCAAUUAUUAAUACAACACAAGAGGUACGUGAAAACAGUUAUCGAGUACCGUCCGUGGUGAUGAGCACGGCCGUGACACCCGAUCCCCUGAUCGCGACCGGUGACUCGGUGUCGUUUGCGUGGAUUGCUGAAAAUAUGACGGACAAGUAUUACAUGUACUUGCAUUUCGCGGAAGUCUUGGAAUUGCAGGUGGCACAAAUAAGGGAAUUCAACAUUUAUGUCAAUGGCAACUUGUUUUAUGGACCUGUGUCUCCCAUCUAUUUGUCAACAACGACAAUAUACACAAUGUCUCCGGGAAUUGGCACCGGAAGGUACGAUGUUGUGAUUAAUAAAACUGCGACUUCAACUCUUCCGCCACUCCUUAAUGCUCUCGAAAUUUAUAGAGAGGUAUAGGAGACCGUAGACAAUAUGAAAAUGUAUCAGUAUCCGACUAUAGUGUAGAGAUAGAAAUAAAGGAACUUUUCACCAAGGAAAUCGAAGGCCGAGAUGGAGAAUUUUUGGGUGCAUAUGUUGUUGUUGUACAUUUUGUUGAAUUUACUUUUUCUAUGUGGAUGAAAGCUAGCUCAAGUGACUGUUAAUUUUGAUUUUACAAUCAGUAUAUCUUCUUCGUUAA